ACCCUGUGUCCCUGUGUCUUCGCCCCUGCUAAUCUGCUAAUGCAGUAAAUUGGAAGAUCGCUGUUCCCAGGAUACCCUGUAAUGGGCAAGGAGCCACAGAGAAGAACGUUUUUCUUUUAGUUUUUAAGCUUUGGUUUGAAAGGGACCUGGGCUCCUGUUGAAAAGUGACGGAAUAAACUGAACUCUGCACCUGGCCCCGGCCGAGAGAGACAGAGACAGACGCCCUAAUGGCAGCUCGCCCGGGAGGGAGUUUCUGAGAGAACUCAGGGACAUGUUUGCAGUAACCAGCAUGUUUUGGAAAUUUGAUCUUCACUCAUCAUCCCACAUAGACACACUUCUAGAGAGAGAAGAUGUAACAUUGAAGGAGUUAAUGGAUGAGGAAGAUGUUUUGCAAGAAUGUAAAGCUCAGAACCGCAAACUUAUUGAGUUUCUGUUAAAAGCAGAAUGCCUUGAAGAUUUAGUCUCAUUCAUUAUAGAAGAACCACCUCAAGAUAUGGAUGAAAAAAUCAGAUACAAGUACCCAAAUAUAGCUUGUGAAUUGCUCACUUCUGAUGUCUCUCAGAUGAACGAUCGAUUGGGAGAAGAUGAAUCUUUGCUAAUGAAACUGUAUAGCUUCCUCCUCAACGAUUCCCCUUUGAACCCUUUACUUGCCAGUUUCUUCAGCAAGGUGCUAAGUAUUCUCAUUAGCCGAAAACCAGAACAGAUUGUGGAUUUCUUAAAGAAGAAGCAUGAUUUCGUAGACCUCAUCAUAAAACACAUAGGAACUUCUGCUAUCAUGGAUUUAUUGCUCAGGCUACUGACUUGUAUUGAACCUCCCCAGCCCAGGCAAGAUGUGUUGAAUUGGUUAAAUGAGGAGAAAAUCAUCCAGAGGCUUGUGGGAAUAGUUCAUCCGUCUCAAGAAGAAGAUGAUCAUUGUGAUUAUUGCCUCUGGGAAGAGUUCACUGUCAGAGAGCGAUGAGGCCCACCAAGAGGUGCCAGGACUCCAGCCCGAAUGAGGGAAUAACUUGGAGAUCAUUUGCUGGAUGUUUUUGAGCAGAACAAAUUGAUUGUUCACCAGACCAGUGAGUAAAAUGCCGGGUCCUGGAAAGUGUCCAAGGAGAGGCCCGGCUCCCCAAGGCAUGGCCCUGCGGCGUCAGCGCCAAGCCCCUGACCAGGCUGC